UUAGCCUAGGCCAGAAAACAGUUGAAUGUAGCAUAGCGUUGUAGAGUUUUGUAAAUUAUUCGAAACGAGUUGAGUUUUGUGUAUCUCUAGUGCUGGUGAGUCGUCGUCGCUAUUUGAUAAUCCGUGGGCUAGGUAUAGAUUAAAGUAUAUACUGCAAUAACAUAUUUAAUGUUGCAAAACCUCAACAAGUGCUUCACAACAGACGCAGACGUGUAGAAAAUACUAAGCUUAUCGUUGGCUUGACAAUAUUUUAGGGCGUAGAUGCGUGUGUGGCUGUUCUCGGUAAAAUUCAAAAUUAAAUCGUGACUUUUACGCGUCUACUGGCAAUUCAUAGUUACAGCAAUUGCGUGAACUGGUGUGAAUCCGAGAGUGAUUAAUCAUAUCAGGCUAAUCAAUGCGUGUGUGUGUGUGUCUUGCUGCAAGUGCAGUUGUUUGUCUCCGUUAUCAACAGUGCCUGGGAACACGAACCGAAUCAAGGAACUUGAUGCCCGAGAUUUCUGGUCGUCGGCCGAUGUGUCACUUUGUAGUAUUGCCAUGAAGGAAGAACCUAUGAACUCCUCCUCGCCGGACGACGAGCAUUGCCACUCACCUGAAAGCCUGGAGCUCUUUGUGUCUGUAUAAUAUGCCAUGGAAGUCUGCAUCCAUACUCUACAAACCACGAGUGCAUGGCAGAGGGUACUUCCCAUUGUACCUGCUACUAGAGUCUAUCCCAAUCCAUUCACAUGUGGAAUGUGGCACCCAAAUGCUUCACAGCUGCAAAAGUACGCAGCAAGUGUGCUGCUAAAUUUCCGGUCUCGGAAGUGACAGAAACUCCGAUGUUUGAGUUUGUGGCUGUCAAACAGGAAUGGGUCGAAGAUGAUGUGAAGAAUGAUGACUGUAAUGAAGCUCAGGAGCCUGAGAACGCAGUUGUAGAGGAAGAUGGGAUUCACGUCAAAACACAGCCAUCUGAAUGGCGCAUAUUGAAGGAACCUGAAUCGGCAGAUACAGCAGUGGGCAAUGCAAGGUUUAUCCCACAAGGCCAGGAUGGUUGUACUAUUGACAAAUGUGCCACCAUAAGCACCAGAACAGACGAGAUACUGUGUAGUGACAGUAAUGAAAGCAAUACGCACCUACUCUCAGGCCAGGUGGUGGGCUCUGAGAGGCAGAGGAAGCUUGGUACCCAUAGAGACAGCUAUUCUGCUACAAGUACUGUGUUGAGCGACGGAUUCUGCAAGGAUUCCUUGGACGCAAAUUCGAACUGCUACCAGGUAAAUGACAGUUGCGGGAGGCUCUCCCCGUCGACGAACGGCAGUGUCGUCGAGCAGCCGUCACUUUUGCCUGACGGAGGUGACACCUACACGUGUGACGUCUGCCGGGAAGUGUUUGUCGACAAGAGGGUCUUGAGGACCCACGUACAGCAGCACCUGCUGAAAUGCGACAUCUGCCACAAGACCUGGAACGAUGCCAACGGCCUCGAGUUGCACUACCGGACACACACGGGCGAGCGGCCCUACUGCUGUGACACUUGCGGCCAGAAGUUCUCGCGCAGAGAUCAUCUGAGGCUGCACAGGCUGCAGCACACUGGUGUGCGUCCCUACCGCUGCGAUACCUGCGGCAAGGCAUUCUUGCGCAGCAACGGUCUGAGGCAGCAUUCGCUGCAGCACACGGGUGAACGGCCUCACGAGUGCAGUGUCUGCCACAAGCGGUUCACCUACAGCAGCAACCUGGCACAGCACAUGCGCGUCCACACUGGAAAGCGGCCCUACAGUUGUGACACUUGCGGCCAGACAUUCUCGCACAGUGGUCAGCUGAGGCUGCACUCGCUGCAGCACACGGACGAGCGUCCCUUCCGCUGCGAUACGUGCGGCAAGGCGUUCUCGCGCAGCAAUAAUCUGAGGCAGCACUUGCUGCAGCACACGGGUGAGCGGCCUCACGAGUGCGGCGUCUGCCACAAGCGGUUCACCAACAGCAGCAACCUGGCGCAGCACUUGCGCAUCCACACGGGUGAGCGGCCCUACCACUGCGACUACUGUGGCAAGUCGUUCAGACAAAACAGGAACUUCAAGGUACACCUCCGUAUGCACACGGGUGAGCGGCCGUACCGCUGCGACACCUGCGGAAAGUCAUUUACGCGAAGUAGAAGUGUGAAAGUACACCACCGCCCGCACACGGGUGAGUGGCUGUCCGCCUGCAACGCGUGUGGCAAGGCGUUCGUCAGUGGCGACACCUCGCAAAAACCUGGGCAGGUCCAAAUGCGACAGGAGUCCUGAGACUGCACCGCCUUUGAGGAGCGCUUUGCACGGAGGACCAGUCUGAACUGGCAUUUGUGCCUCCGUACUAUCAGAAAUACCACCGAAGAUGUCGUGCCGACAGAGUGAAAAUGAGUUUUUGUAAACUUGCUGUGCACCUUACAAUUUCACACUGAAACACCCCCAUUCUAAUUAUUGCUGUUGUAAGAGGAGUCCCAUAAUAAAUUCAAAUCACACCACAUUAAUUAUUUGCAAGUGCUUCAGGAAGAAUGUGAAGCUUAUUUGCAGGUUUAAAUUUUUUUAGAACAUAAUGUGACACAUUGUGUUUAAUUUCGUAUGUUCAGUCCUCUUAUAAUAUUAGUGGUCUGAUCUGCUUACUACAGAAAACAAAAGUAAAGAGUACUUUUUAUUUUGAAUAUUACAGCAUCUAAUUUUGUUUUGUAUGACUGGAUAAUUGUUAAAUAAAAAUCAAAUAGCACUUUAAAAUUUAUUUCCACAUUUAUUUCAUUAAACUUCCACAAAACC